UUGAAGCAAGCACAGCUUCCUACAAAAUGCGUUUCGGAUUGCAGAAGACCUUCACCGAGAAAACUGUGGAGGCCAUCCAGUCGUCUCCAUUUUCUCUCAAUUUGGAUGAAGCGACGACAGCCAGCAACAAAAAGGUCGUGACCUUCCUAGUGAGUUACUUCUCACAGGAGCAGCAGGAAGUCGUUGUUGAACACCUGGACACCGUGGAGCUGAAGAGAACCACGUCUCAAUCAUUGUUUGAUGCUCUGGGUGAUGUAUUUGAGCGUAUGAACAUUCCAUGGAGGAACCUAGUGUCUGUCUUAAUGGAUUCCUGUAGUGUCAUGCGUGGAUGGAAGAAUGGCUUGGAGGCGAAGAUCAGAGAGAAGAUUCCACAUCUCCUGAACAUCGAUGGCGACAGCUGUCACCACAUCCACAACUGUGCCAAAGAAUUCUGUAAGCCGUUUGGGAUGUGGUUAGAAGUUUUGUUCAAUGAUCUUCACACCGAUUUUAAAUGGACACCAGAGUUUAAAGAUUGUCUACGAGAGAUCGCUGCGAUGUUCAACCAGACCUUCACAGCUCCAGAGAGAUUCAUCCCUCACAGGUGGCUAAGCGCAUAUGAUGUUGCUCUGAGCACAGCCCGACUUCUCAAACCAAUGCAGGUCUUCUACUACAGCUUCUUGAAGCCUGACGACAAGGAGCUGUAUGAGGAACCCAUGGAGGCCAUACUGAACCACAAUGAAAUAUGCCCAAUUGACAGGAACAGGAUUCGGGAGAUACAAAGGCGCCUAGCUUCCAAAACAGGCAUGACAGAAAAUGGAAAAAACAGAAAGAAAAGAAUAGUGAACUGUCUUUUCUUCAAGCAGAAGAAAACUGUCCUUCAGCUGAAUUUGUACUUGUCAGUUCUUCCCCUUCUGAAGGAGUACGUCAUGGUAUUUCAGACGCAAAGCCUCAUGAUACACAAGUUGCAUGACCGUCAGGAAGCAGUCUUCAGAAAGUUCCUCGCAUGUUAUGUCCGCCCUGAGAAGUUUGCUUCAUUGCAUGGCAGAGAACUGAAAGAGAUGGAUAUCUCAACUGACAAGGGACAGUUCCUGCCAACGAACAAAGUCUUCGUGAAUGAAACCAUCCGCACCAUCGUGAGAGCAUCCUCUGAUGUCAUCGGCGAAGAAUUUCUUCACCAGAUGGCAACAGCAUACAAAAUGUGUGGCAAGAAGAUGCAGGAGAAGUUGCCUCUCCACAACAAAGUGCUCCGUACGUUCUCUGCAACAGAUCCUGAGUGUCGUCCUUCAACUGCUGUGAUUACAUGCCUGAAGCACCUCUGCAGCUGCUUGAAGGAUGUGAGCCCAUCGCAGUAUGAGGCAGCAUGUCAGCAGUGCCACCAUUUUGUUGCUGAUAAAGAUCUGCCAGCAUUCGCUGCUGAUGAUCGAGCUGACAUAUGGUGGGGCUUGGUUACAAAAAAAUACCCUGACUUAGGACACUUUGUUCUGGCAGCCUACACCUGUUUCCGUGGCCCCCAGGUGGAGAGCUCGUUCAGCUCUAUGAAAGGCAUCAUGAACGAGAGGACAGGGCAAAUGAACGUUAAAACCCUUAGCGCGUACCAGACUGGGAGGUACGGACUGAAGGCACACAAGGCCAGUGCCAUAAGCAUGUUUGGGCGAAAAAACAUCCUCCAUGAGCCCAUUCCAGUCCAACUGUGCAGGAACAUCAGAAGUGCAGCAGCUGCCUACAGAGCAGAGAAGGAGGAGAAAAGACAGACAUCACAGGCUCAAACCACCAUCUUGCUGACUAAAGCCAAGGCGAGGGAACUAAGAGAGAAAGCCAUGAAAACGAUGGACACGGAGAAUCAGUUCUGCAGUCCAACUGAAAUGGAGACAGUUGUCAACAGUGAGAGGUGUCAGAAACAUAGCCUGGUGUGUGCAACUGUCUCCCCCUUGGACAAGUGUCUCCAGUGUGUGGGACCUGUGUCCUCCCUCAAGUGGCUUGGCUAUAAAUGCAGAGAACUCCCACAAGAAAAUGUUUGUAAGGUGGAGGAGGACGGGGUUUCCAGUGACCAGCACCUGGAUAACCUGGAGAGGAGCUGCAGCCCGGACCAGGAGGAACCAGGGCAUCCACAGACUACAGAACUGGAGGAAGACUCCAGCGGUCAGGAGAUGAAGCACGAGGACGUAGAGGUGGAUGUCUCAUUGGUCAAUGUUGCUGAUGUGAAAGUUGAAAAUGGGGAACCAGGACCAAACUGUGGCCAGCUGCUGUUGCACACUUCUCCUGAAGCUCAAAACAAAGAUGAGGAAGGGACUGAAAGUUUACGCUCAGACUCCAGUAAAACUGCAGAUCCGGAGCCAAUGAGACGACACGGUGACCACGAAGAUGCUGCUGUCCCGUCAGACAGCAACUGUAAAUCAAAGCUGAUCAGGACCCACACGGGGAAGAAGGUAUUUUCUUGCAGCACUUGCAGGAAAGAGUUCAGUAAUAGUAGUAAUUUAAUGGAUCACAUGAAGAUCCACACUGGCGAAAGGCUGUACCUGUGCAACACCUGCGACAAAACCUUUACUUAUUUAUCAUAUCUUAAACGGCAUAUAACCACGCACACGGGCGAGAAGCCCUACAUCUGCAAAACAUGUGGAAAAAGUUACAGGCUACAUUCCCAUCUGGUGAUUCACUCGAAGACCCACAUGGACGAGAAGCCCUACAUCUGCAAAACAUGUGGAAAGAGUUACAAGCAACGUUGCCACCUGGUGGUUCACUCAAGGACCCACACCGGCGAAAGGCCGCACGUGUGCAGCACCUGCAGCAAAACCUUUACUAUUUCAUCGGAUCUUAAACGCCACAUAACCACGCACACCGGCGAGAAGCCCUACAUCUGCAAAACAUGUGGAAAAAGUUACAGGCUACGUUCCCACCUGCUGGUUCACUCGAGGAUCCACACGGGCGAGAAGCCGUACCUGUGCAACACCUGCGGAAAAACCUUUACUCAGUUAUCAGCUCUUAAAAGCCACAUAACCACGCACACGGGCGAGAAGCCCUACAUGUGCAAAACAUGUGGUAAAAGUUACACAGAACGUUGCCACCUGGUGGUUCACUCGAGGAUCCACACCGGCGAAAGGCCGUACCUGUGCAACAUCUGCGGAAAAACCUUUACUAGAUCAUCAAAUCUUAAAAGCCACAUAACCACGCACACGGGCGAGAAGCCCUACAUCUGCAAAACAUGUGGAAACAGUUACAAGCAACGUUGCAACCUGGUGGUUCACUCGAGGACCCACACCGGCGAAAGGCCGCACGUGUGCAGCACCUGCAGCAAAACCUUCACUAAUUUAUCGGAUCUUAAACGCCACAUAACCACGCACACGGGCGAGAAGCCCUACAUCUGCAAAACAUGUGGAAAGAGUUACAAGCAACAUUACAGCUUGGUGUUUCACUCGAGGACCCACACGGGCGAGAAGCUAUAUUUGUGCAAGACGUGCAACAAAGGUUUUGGCCGCAGAAUUGAUUUGCUGAGUCACAUGAAAAAUCACCCGGAGGAGAAGAUCCACACUGGCGAAAGGCCGUACCUGUGCAACACCUGCGGAAAAUCGUUUAGAAAAUCAUCAAUGCUCAAGAAGCAUAAAAUGAUCCACAAGGGCGAGAAGCUCUAUAUCUGCAAAACAUGUGGAAAGAGUUACACGCAACGUUCCACCCUGGUGAUUCACUCGAGGACCCACACCGGUGAAAGGCCGUACCCGUGCAACACCUGCAGCAAAACCUUUACUAAUUUAUGGGAUCUUAGACGCCACAUAACCACGCACACGGGUGAGAAGCCCUACAUCUGCAAAACAUGUGGAAAGAGUUACAGGCAAGAUUCCCACCUGCUGGUUCACUCGAGGAUCCACACCGGCGAAAGGCGGUACCUGUGUAACAUCGGCGGAAAAUCGUUUAUAAACUCAUCACAUCUUAAACGCCACAUAACCACGCACACGGGCGAGAAGCCCUACAUCUGCAAAACAUGUGGAAAAAGUUACACAGAACGUUACAACCUGGUGGUUCACUCGAGGACCCACUCCGGCGAAAGGCCGUACCUGUGCAACACCUGCAGUAAAACCUUUACUAGAUCAUCACAUCUUAAAAGCCACAUAAACACGCACACGGGCGAGAAGCGAUAUUUGUGCAAGACGUGCAACAAAGGUUUUAGCCGCAGAAUGGGUUUGCUGAGUCACAUGAAAAAUCACCCGGAAUAA